AGUUACCAACGAAAAGAACACAAAAGAGUUAAAGUGUCUCUCUGCUUUUUUCGUUCUCCCCGCAAAAGUCGAAACCUCGUGUUCCACCGCCAAAUCUGAUUAAGCUGUUAUAUUUCUGUUUGUCUUCUCAAUAUUUCAGUGUUUUUUCGUUGUGACUGGUGAGAAAUGAUGAAGAGAGGGACGCUAGAAGAAGUUGGAAUCAUCGGAGGGUUGGUCUUAGCUCAGGUGAUCUACGCCGGAAACUCGGUGUUACUGAGUAAGUUGAUGUCUCUUGGAGUCGACCCGCUUCUUAUCGUUAUCUUCUGCACCUUGGCAUCGUUUGGUCUCAUCAGCCCUCUUGCUUUUCUCCUUGAAAGGAAACUGUGGCCUACAAGUCUAAGUUUCAAGUUGAAGACAAAACUGGUUUACGUUUCUAUUGUCGGAGUGACUCUGUUCCAGUGGUUAUUCUUAGAAGGAAUGAAACACACCUCUGCAUCAAUGGCUACAGCUAUGCCUAAUCUCGCUCCUGCUUUCAUUUUCGUCAUUGCUUGGGCUGCUGGGAUGGAGAAAGUGAAGCUAAGUUGUGUGUACAGUAGAGUUAAGAUGGGAGGCACGGUGUUGUGUGUGAUGGGAGCUUUCAUUAUGAGCUUAAUGCACAGUACUACAGCCACAUCGAGCUCGGUCAAAGCGUUGCCUAUUGUCCCUGACGAUGUCGUUUUGGACAAGGAGAAGAUAUUAGGUUGCAUCUGUCUCCUCCUUUCCAUAUGCUGCUUGUCGUCAAGUAUUGUCCUCCAGGCAUCCAUACUAGUGGAGUUUCCAGCGAUAUCUAUGUUUUCAAUUGUUACUUUGAUGGGUGGGAUCUCCACGGUAGCUUUGCAGUAUGUUCUUAAGGGGAGUAUGGAAAUGGGAAGUGCAUCAGUAAUCGGUCUUGGCCACCUUGUGGGAUUUGCAGUGCUGGGAGGGUUGGUGAAUGGAGGAGGAACAUGUUUUAGUGCAUGGGUGAUUAAAAGGAAAGGACCGGUGAUUGUGUCUCUCUUUAGUCCAAUUGCUACUGUGGUAUGUGUUCUUGUCUCUGCUUUCACCAUGAAAGAGAGUUUCAACCUCGGAAGCUUUGCGGGAAUGGGGUUGAUGUUCGGAGGACUCUACUUCGUUUUGUGGGCUAAAGGGAAAGAAGAUUGUGGAGAAGGAGAUGAGGACAAAGAAGAAGAAGAAGAAGAAAGUGUGCUUAGAACAGAGUUUGAUCUUGAGAAGCCUCUCUUGCGUUAAAGUCUUGUUUUCUUAAUGCUCAUGUUAUUUUAGUGUAGUGUUAAAGAAGUAUAUGUGUGUGUGAAACCAACAUUAGAUCACCAAGAAAAGAUCCCAUGCAGGUUUUAGGAUUUCCUAUCGAAUAUAUUUGGUA